AAUGCACGUUAACAGCGGCUUCAACUACGGCGGUUAUGUGCUAAAAUAAAAGGCGAGAAGUUGAUUUAUUUUUACACUAAUUUUAGAGAGAGCAGAUCUCAUGACUUUGACUAGAAAGGGACGACGUUCGCGAGCUAACUACUAUUCCUGGAUGUGCUUCAGUUAUUGAACAUCUCUGACAUAUUGAUUUUUUACACAUCUCCGUCUCAAUCGGCUUCUCAUAACCCCUAGUGAUGAAGUAAGAGAGCCGACUCUCUUUUCUCCGCAUAAGAUGUUGAGUCCGACAAGUGCAGCCCAGAAGAAUGUCACUGAAGAGGACAGCUCUGGAUCGGAUGUAGGGUCAGAGGUCAGCCUGGAGCCUGAGACGGACCGGUUCGGCUUCAUUGUGACCAAUGGAUCCACAGCUGGGAAUGUGGGUCCAUCCCCUGAACUGGUCAGGCAGAGGGAGGCCAAGUGGAUAAGCAUCAUUCUGCACGAGGAUCGCAUCUUGUCGAUGAAGAAGAACAAGAUAAAAGAGCAGUGUCAGAAAGGCAUCCCUGCCUCGCUCAGAGCCAAGGCUUGGCCUCUGCUGUGUGGAGCCUCAAUCAAGAUGAAACAAAAUGAGAAACUAUAUGAGAGGCUAGACUUACAGCCGGGCCUGCAGAGCUGGGUGGAUAUCAUCGAGAGAGACCUGGACCGGCAGUUCCCUUUCCAUGAAAUGUUCCUCUCCAAGGACGGACACGGGCAGCGUGGUUUGUUCCGGGUGUUGAAGGCUUUCACACAGUAUCAACCAGAAGAGGGUUACUGCCAGGCCCAGGGGCCUGUGGCUGCAGUGCUGCUGAUGAACAUGCCUGCAGAGGAAGCCUUCUGGUGUCUGGUUCAGAUCAGCCAGCAGUACCUGCCUGGAUAUUACAGCCCUCUGCUGGAGGGAGUCCUCUUUGAUGCGGCCCUGCUGACCUGGGUUUUGAAAAAGACGUGUCCAGCUGCACAUAAACACCUGCAGCACCACGGAGUGGAGCCCCUUAUGUUCGCCACGGACUGGCUCAUGUGCCUGUUCACCCGUCACCUUCCGUUCAACACACUUCUCCGCGUCUGGGACCUCUUCUUCUGUUACGGGGUGCGGGUGCUGCUCCAGGUUGCGGUGGUGCUGGUGCGCCGGGUGCUGGGUCGGGCCGACCAGAGGAAGCAGUGCCCGGGCCAGAUGGAGACUCUGGAGAGGCUGAGGAGCAUCAAGGAGCAGGUCCAAGAUGAAGACGACGAAGCAUUCAUAGCUGAGGUGUGUUCUGUGCCGCUGUCAUCCAAAGAGCUGGAGAAGCAGAGGGAGAAGGAGUUUGACAAGUGGAAGAAAGACAGACCGUCAUCCACCUUUGACCCAAGAGGUCACUGCAGAGGCUACCAGAUGGCUUGCACGAGGGCUCAACAGGAAAAAGAAGAACAGGACAGGAAAGACAGAGAGAAAGGGAACCUGUCCGUCCCUCUCGCUCGCUCUUCUUCGACGCUCUCGCUGUCCCCUUCCCUCCUUCACAAGAAGUGGAGGAAGGGGGGGAAAGGCAGCACGGGCGAAAAGGAGGGCGGCAACCGAGUCGUGAGGCACCUCUCGAUGGGAGCAAGAGAGGACAUGAGAGGCUGGACUGAUUUAGAUUUUAAGAAGGUGCAGGGCGUCCAGGAGGAGGAGGACAUAGUAUUAGAGGUGCACAAAACACAGAGCGAGUCAGGACCAAAGGAAUCACCUGACCAGAAAGAACUUUUACAAGAGCAUAAAGACACAGAACAAAGCCAAAACAUACAAACAGAACAUAAAGACGAAACUGAGAUUGAAAAGGUGGAAACAAGAACCGCUGAAAAAGAGGAAAACGCACUCAAAGAGGCAGAGGACAGUGAAACGCUUCCAGACCAGAAAGAUGAAAUAAGUCAGAGUUCAGCAAAAGAUGAGGCUGUUGAAAAUGUCGUCCAGCCCACAGAACACACACCUCACUGCGAAGAAGAGGACGAGCUGCAGGCCGAGAGCCAAUCACUAGAUGACAAAUGUGAGGACCAGGAAAUAAAGGUUGAAGACACAAACGAAGACACAAACGAAGACACAGAGGAAUGUGUGACAGAAAAUACAACUGCAGCGGAGGACGACCAGACUCAGACACAGAGUGAGGGAGAAACAAAGGCAGACGCGGAGAGGCGAGCGAGCGUAGAUUCGAGUGAGGAGCAGGUGACACCGACUGACGCGAAACCAGAAGAGAGCACAGAAACUGAAAAUGUGCAACAGGAGCAGACGGACACCGUCACUGAAGACUCAGAGACAAGGACUGAGACAAGCCUGGACCCAGAGGGCGGAGACGACGAGGCCUCAACCGUCAAAGACCAAGCUCCUGCAGCGGAGACGGAAACACAACAGGAAGAAGAAGAUGAAGAAGAGGAAGACGAAGGAGGCACAUUUGAGGGAAAAUGCCGCAGCACUGAGUCAUUAGUAGAAACAGAAAACACAGAGGAGUCCCACACCCAAGCAGUGACAGAGACCGAAGAACUGGCACAGACUCAGGAGAAUGAAGAAGAGAAUGCAGACGCACCGGACGAAACGACGGUUGACUCAAUGCAAACAGAUUCAGAGGAAGCCACAUCAAUGAUGACUUCACCCGAGUGCAUCGAACAGCAAGAUGGGGCCGAGACACAAACACAAACAGAUGCUGAAACACCAGUCCCAGUCAGGGAGCCAAACGAUGAAGCCUGCGAACCUACACAGGAACCCGCACAGGAAAACGAAGAAAGAGAUCUGACCUUGCAGCCAGAGGCCGAGGCUGAUGCGUGCAUCUGCGAUGAGACAAAUGCGGAAGAAGCGGCGACGGAAAAUCAAAUGAUUGAGGAGGCUGCUAAAGAAAGUGAAGAGGCUUUGGUUGAAGAGCCAGACACAGAGCCUGAUGAGAAGAGUCCGGAACAGACAGACACCUCUGAACCGCAAACAACCGAACAACCGACGAGUCAAGUCACCGAGAGUCCACCAGAGGAGGAAAGCACCGAAAAUGUUGAAGAACACACAGCGAGAGAGGACGAUGUCUUCACCUCUACCGUACCUACAGAUGAUCCGCUCAAUGACAGCAAACCACAAGUCCAAGAUAAAGACUCUGUCAGAAGCCAGUCCGAGUCCCUGGCGCAGCCCUCCGGGCGUCGCAGCAGCCGCUCGUCGGCAGAUUUCUGCGUCCGCAGGUCGUCCACCUCGCGCGGGUCCAGGUUAGCGCGGAAGCUCUCGGAGGACCUCUUCACCUACCCGCAGGCAACCAGCCAAUCCCAGCGCGCGCCUAACCACCCAAACGCUGAAGACGCAGAGUCACCAUCCAGUCCCGCGGCUGCGAACUCAGAACAAGCUGAUCCCGACGCGACGCGUCCUGCAGAAGUGGCCGAGGAGGUUUCCGCGCAGCAGGAGCAGCAGCCCCAGAAACGCUUCGGCCUCUUCCGCAGGAAGAAGGGAGAGCAGCCCAAAAACAGCAAGGCGAAGGGGGCGCCCAAACUGCAGGUGCCGAAAAUCCUGAUUCAAGACUUCAGCGACGGGCCGGGCGCAGGAAUGGUGGUCGAGGAAAAGGCGGAGGAGAAGCUGUCCUCCAGGGAGAGGAGGAGGCGGCGGAGGGAGCAGGAGAGAAGGGAGAAGGAGGAGGAGAGGUUGAAGAAGAAGAAGGAGAAGGAGGAGAAAGAGAAGGAGCGAGAGAGGAGGAAACCGCAAACGAGGGGGAAAAGUUUUCAAGAGCAAAAAGGUAGCGACGAGGUCCCUCCUCCUGCAAAGACUGGUUCACAGACUUUUAGAUAUUCUGCUCCUUAUACUGACUCUUACUUCUGACAAAAAAAAAAAUAAAAUCUCA